AUGCAGCCACGAAACAAUCUCAACGUUUAUAAGGGCCCUGACUCUGUUAAGGACUACUUCAAUCCUGACAGGGCACCACCACUGCCUCUUGUGGAGCUUCCCAACUCCCUCAAUCCUUACCGAAAAGAUGGCGUCCGCAUCUACGCCAAAAUGAUGACUAUGCACCCAGCAAACAAUGUCAAAUCUAUGCCAGCUCUCAAUCUCCUGGAGCAUGGAAUUGCGCCCGAUAAGACCAAGACGGUAGUUGAGUACAGCUCUGGGUCAACAGUCAUUUCCAUGGCUUUGAUGUCUCGCGUUCUUUACGACUUGGGAGAUGUUCACGCUUUCCUAAGCAAUAAGACGACAGCAGCGAAGUUGAAAUUGAUGCAAUUCUUUGGUCUUAACAUUACUUUAUUCGGCGGUCCGUCGCAACCCGAACCGAACGACGAGCGUGGCGGCAUUCGAGCUGCGUACCGCUGGGCCCAGGAAUCUGAAUCCGUGCUCAACCCGGACCAGUAUAACAACGAUCUGAACUGGCAAUCUCACAUGCGAUGGACAGGUCCGCAGAUUCUGGAACAACUCCCAGAAAUAAGCCUCAUUUGCGCAGGAAUGGGAACUUCUGGCACAAUGUCAGGCUUAGGGAGCUUCUUCAAGGAGAAGAACCCAUCUGUGUUCCGUUUGGGCGUGUGCACUGCCGCAGGCGACAGAGUUCCAGGACCACGGUCUCUGGCUCUCCUAGCUCCGGUCAACUUUCCCUGGAAGUCAGCUGUGGAUCAUAUCGAGGAGGUUGCAUCUCACCCCUCAUACUCGCUUUCGUUGGAACUUUGCCGGAACGGCAUUGUUUGCGGCCCCUCCUCCGGAUUUAAUCUCCAAGGACUUUAUCAGUUCAUUGAGAAAAGAAGGAAGGAAGGGACCUUGAGUGAGCUUGCAGGGGAAGACGGCCAGAUUCACUGCGUCACUUUGUGUUGCGACCUCCCGUACCAAUACAUGGAUGAGUAUUUUGCCAAGCUGGAAGCUGAGCAGUUCCCUCCGAUCAGAAACUCGGAAUUGAGUGAUGUUGACUUGUACCGCUAUGACUCGGCCUGGGAAAAGGAUCCACUAAUGGCCCUAAACGACUUUUACCGUCUGGACAAGGUUCUCACCAGAGAUCUCCUUUUCUUCUUGUCCAAGAGACGUUCUGAUGAGCGGCAAGGCUGGGAAAGAAUCAUAGCUCCGUCGCCAGACACUAUCGUGGUUGACUUGCGCCAACCCGAGGACUUCGACCAGUUCAGUCUCCCCGGAUCUGUAAACUUCCCUCUUAUUCAGUCAGGCACUCCGAGCCCCUUCACAGAUCCAAAAGUGUUGGCAUCGCUUUGGCGAGAGCUUGAGGCCAAGCUUAGCUCUGAGAACGAAGACAUCUGCUCUCAGCUUCGGGGCAAGCUUUCGCUCAUCAUUUGCUAUGAUGGGGACUCCGCCCGCGUUGCCACCAGUGUUCUCCGCGCGAAAGGAUACGCUGCAGACAGUAUGAACGGCGGGAUCCGGGCCAUGCGGAAGGUGGGCUUGCAGUUGGAGGAUCCCUGCGGGAAGCCCAACUUUCCAGCUCGCCAUGGGCAGUCUGUGGGAUCUGUUUCCCACUAG